AUGUGUGGGACGCCCGUUGCGGAUGUACCGCGUUCGUUAUUUGAAUGAAAAUUAUUGCGAGUAAAAAAAAUCUGUGAAUGGCCAGUGUUUAAUAAUUGUUGAAUGAGGAUUUAAAGAUAAAGCAGUGCUUUGAACGAGGAACAAUGGCGGCGAUAGACUAUAGCCUCAUGUGCUAAAACCACAGUCAAUUCAGUGCAAUAUGUGUUAUCUGUGGUUCAAUUAACGUAUCCGUUUAAAAACCUAACCUAUAUGCACAGAGAGGCAUCUAACGUAUUAGACUCACUAAAACUACGACUAAAAUUGCUCGAGAGGACACGGACAUACGUUAAAGUUAUAGAAUUUAUAAAGAAAGACGCUAUUCGGUAUUACAAAUACAUAAUACAAGAUAUAAAAUAUUAUGAACAUAUUUAUAGGUAACGAUUAUCAUUCAAAGAAUCUUGUCAAAUUGAAAUCAAUUUGAUUUUUGCAAUAUUUAAGACAAUAAUUUCACUGGUUAAUUGCGCUUAGGAAUUGUACAAAUUGUGUUUUGAAACAAAAUGUCGGCAAAGGCUGAACCAAUCGGGCCUCGGAAUGGCCACGAAUUGGCGCCAUUGAAUACCAGGGCCGAUGGCAGCGAGCGACCUCAUGGGGUUACCAUAGUUCUACAGGGUUCAAGGAACUCCUUACAGCACGAUGUCCCCGAUGAAGAUAGAGCGGCAUGGUCCGGAAAACUACAGUUUUUCCUGUCAAUUAUUGGAUACUCUGUGGGCCUUGGAAACAUUUGGCGCUUUCCGUAUCUGUGCCAACAAAAUGGCGGAGGUGCGUUCCUGAUACCCUUCCUCAUAAUGUUGGUGCUGGAAGGCAUCCCAUUGUUUUUGAUUGAAAUGGCAAUAGGCCAGAAGAUGAGACUUGGAUCCCUUGGCGUGUGGAACACCAUCCAUCCUUGGCUUGGCGGCAUCGGGAUCUCCAGCUGUGUAGUUACGUUAUUCGUGGCAUUGUAUUAUAACGUGAUAAUUACAUGGGUGUUUUUCUAUCUCUUUAAUAGUAUUCGGCUAAGCGCGGACGCCUUGCCCUGGGCUCACUGUCCCCAAGACAACGGUACUGCUGAAGAGGAAUGCUCCAAGACAUCAGCUACGGUAUACUACUGGUAUCGGGAGGCGUUAGAUGCGUCACCAAGUAUCGACAACCCUGGAGUACCACGCUGGUGGAUUGUCUGUUAUCUGCUUCUUGCUUGGAUUAUCGUUUUCUUUAUCGUCAUGAAAGGAAUACAGAGCAGUGGAAAGGUGGUAUACUUCACAUCUUUAUUUCCAUACGCUGUGCUAACCAUAUUCUUUGUUCGUGGUAUUACAUUACCUGGCUCCGCUGAUGGUAUACUACAUAUGUAUAAACCAAAGCUAGAAAAACUACUAGAUCCAACGGUAUGGUUGGACGCGGCUACUCAAGUGUUUUACUCCUUCGGGUUGGCGUUUGGCUCCCUCAUCGCAUUCGGCUCCUACAACCCACCAAAUAACAACUGUGUACGCGACGUGCUUCUUGUAUCUGUGUGCAACGCUCUGACUGCCAUAUAUGCAUCUGUGGUCAUCUUCAGUAUUUUGGGCUUCAAAGCUUUCACUAUGGUCGAAAAAUGUAUUGGCAAGGAGAUAAAAGUCUUAGCUUUGCACCAUAUCAGCGGUUUCACUGUUAACUCUACGCAGGAGUACUACGAGGAGUAUUAUCCUCGCUUGAGUGAUAAUAUCACCUCAUCACUUAACCUUACGGGAUGUACCAUGAGUCGGCAGCUGGAUGAGGCAGCGGAAGGCACGGGCCUAGCAUUCAUUGUAUUCACCCAGGCGAUUCUGAAACUUACUCCAGCUCCAUUCUGGUCCAUCAUUUUCUUUCUGAUGCUGCUCUCACUGGGUCUAGGAAGUCAGAUUGGGAUCAUGGAGGGAAUGUUGUGCACUAUAUUUGAUAUUGACUUCUUCAAGCGGUUAAGCAAACCUGUUAUAACCGGUUCCGUAUGCACUUUCUGUUUCUUCGUCGGUCUGAUCUUCACAACUGGAGCUGGAGAGUACUGGCUUAAGAUGUUUGACUCUUUCGCGGGGACCAUCGGUCUGGUGGUGGUGGCUUUGUUGGAGAUGAUCUCUGUUAUUUACAUAUAUGGACAUGAGAGGUUUACCAACGAUAUCUACGAGAUGACUGGCUACAGACCAGGUUUAUACUGGCAAGUCACCUGGCGCUAUGUGGGACCCUUCAUCGUCUCCUGUAUCCUACUCUCGUCUCUCGUAUUUAUGCUCAUCAACCCACCGACUUAUGGAGCUUGGAAUGCCGCUGAGGGACGCGUGGAGAAGACCCCGUACCCCAACUGGGUGCUGAUGGUGGCCGUAUUGAUGAUACUAGCUGGAGUACUGCCAAUACCAAUUGUUCUACUCUUGCGUCGCUUCCAAUGCUUGGCCCUCGAUGUGGAUAUCCACCAGGGAUCUAUAAGAAGAAUUGAGACCACGGUCUCUACUAAGGAGAUGAUGAGCGAUCAGGAUGUGAUUUCACCGGAGAAUGCGCCACCUGCGCCUGCGCAGCUCGUCGCCGAUGUCGCUACUAAAUUCACUAUUGGCGACUUCGAUUCUGAUUCAGAACAAGGCGAGGUGCGAGAGUCCGGCACGUGCAACGUCUCGAGCAGUAGUGAUGACGACAUCUCAAAUAAAAAAUAUUCACCUUUAACCGGAACUAGAUUCGCCCUAAAGCCCAUUGGUCACAAGGCAACGACAUUCAAAAUGGACGUCAUUGACGAUUGACCGUUAUUCUUUGUGUAUUUAAUACACGCGUGUACGCAUUAUUUUGUGUAUAUCACGUUAACGUUGUUACUUAACGUAUUUAAGUAAACAAAUGGGAAAAUGUCGGACGUCUUACCGUGUUCCAGGGUAGAUGUUCCUUGGUAUAGAUUUUUGGUGGUCGUGGCGUUUGUGUAAACUUCUGGUUAUCUACCAACUCUCUCAUUUUGCCGGAAACUAUACAGAACACACCGUAUGAAGUCACAAGAAAAUUAGUUCCAUAAGGUUGAUUGUGUGCGCUUCGUUCGUUGUGUGAUACAGAACAGAUAGCGUCGGCAAUUACGGCUGUCUUGAAUUCAACAUUCUUGAUUAAAUUAGAGCCUAAUAUAUCCUGGAACACUGUAUUUUUGUGUACGGGUAAUAUAAUUAUAACAUAGAUAUAAUAAGCACUCGUUCCCUUUCACCUAUCAUAUUGAGAAAUCAUCAGGUCCAUAAUUUGUCAACUUAUUGUAACGUAUGCAAUAUUUUCUUUAGACAAAUGUAAUCUUUGAAGCUGUUCGAAACUGUGCUUGCUAUUUAGAAUAUUUUCGAAUAGCAACACACACGUUUAUUAUAAGAGAAAUUAAUUACGAUAAAUUAUUAAACUGUGAAAGAGAAAUACUCAUUUUAUCUUGAGUUUAACGAUAAAUUUGUUUUAAAUCCUACAAUUAUUUUUUGAGCGACGCGAAGUUAGGCUUAAAUUCACAGGAUGAUAACGGUGAUUUACAUGAGUUAAUCUAGCGAAUUACCGUGAAAAGAUAUAGUAGAUUAAUUUAAAAUUUUAAGUUAUUAUAAAUCAAUUAAUUUAAAACUAUCGCCGAACGAUAUAAAUAAAUCUACUAUAUUUUUUGAAUGUCCUCUAAUUUUAAUCUAUAAUUACGCGCUUAAAUAGGAUAGUGAAAAAAUAUUUUCUUUAAGUACUUUGAAAGUGGAAAUUCGCCACGUAUAAAAGCUAAGUAAAAACUCGUUGUAAAAACUAGUGGAGCGAAUGUAAAUAAUUAGUGUAGCUUAAAAUUAAGCCAAUCUAGGAAUGCGGUGCCAGAACUCUACCACUUCGGUAGAAUUAUUUAUAACCAUUUAUGUUAUUAUAAUGUUUUCUUAUGUAGGCACUGUGCCUAAAGUGCCUUAUAAGUAAGCACGGGCAUGUCUUUAUCAAUAUGUUGUCGAAGUACGUAGUCAGUAAUAGGCAAUUAAUAUUGUGUUUUCUUUGUGUAUCCAUACCGUAUCAGAAAGCAUAUAUUAAGUUACGCACCACCCAACUAUAAUUUGGUGGACUUAUGUCUUCUAUAUCAAUCACCGUAACAAAGCGAAACCGUUGAGCUUUCGUGGAUUGUUUAAUUUUCCAUUAUACAUGUAAAUUUAGGAUUGCGAUAAAAUUUAAUUUUAUAAGAUGCCAAGAUACAUUAGUAAAAUUUAUGUUCGCUAAAGGCGCUAUACAAUGAUGAACAAAAAUAACUUUCGUGUAAAAGUCUAGGAAUAAAACGUUAAAAACGAAAUCGAGGUAUGCUAGUCAUUUUUAGAUAAUGUUUAGGACGUUAUAGCUUGGCUAUUUAGUCUAGAUAAUGUGCAGGAGCAAAAUGCAAGGAGUUUAUGAAUGAAAUUAAGAAAACUUGAUUCACAACUUGGUACAAGAGCAAAGAAAAUCAGUUAAUAAAAUAUAAAUUAAUAUAAACGAUAAAUUAUUUUCCUAAUUAUCUGUCAAUGAUUUUGACCGUAGACUAUUAAAUGUAUGACAUAAUUUAAUUUAUUGAUAGUCUGUGCGGAAAUUAUCUUCUGUGCGCGUCAUUUAUUCACACGUUGUAGUCUUAAUUUUUUGUAUCAAGACUUGAACUAGAAUGACGUGUAUAUAAUAUAACACUGCUACGACCUCAAUUGCUACGACAGUUCUUUUUCCGCACAGACUACUACUAAUUAAAUUAUUAAUUUGAAAUUCUCUUAUUGCGAUGAAACAGCAAUCAGGACUAUCAUAUGUCGAUUUAAAGUAGCUCUUCGUGUAAAAUAUAAUACUUAUAAAGAUCGCUAGAUACAUUUCCAAUACAACAUUUUGUCUUUUAAAGAUGUUCCAAAACGACAUUAAUUAGCCAAGUAAUAAUAUGUGGUAAAAAUGUGACGAAUACGGUUUUUGUCUUUAAAUUCUAUAUUCAAAGUUGAGCGAGUAUGUUUUAUUUUUUUCGUCGUUUUAAUUUUAUCAGAGGAAACGCGUUGAAAAACUAUUCGUUUUGUGUAAUAAUUGUACUGUUAUGUAUGUAUUCGGCAUUUCGAAAUAUUGCCAUAUCCAUUGAACUAAAUAGUUGCAACAUUCCAAAUAGUAUAUAAUUAUCGUAAUACCAGGGCACUGUUAUUUUAGCAGUUUAUGUCCUUCGCAAACACGAUAUAUUUAACAGGAAUAUGCCGAUUAACGUAUCGAUGUCGAAGGGCAAGAUUUCGAUAUACCCUCUCAAUUUUAAUGUGUCAUAUAAGUAUGACAAAAGCUCACUUUUAGCGAGUACUAUUUGACUCGGGAAAGCUAAUAAUUACUUGACUUAACCCAAACUAACAAGUUGCGAAUUUUAUAAUUUAGAUAUAUUUUUUAAAUGUAAAAUGUAUCGUGUUUACGAUCGUCUUUACUUGUUUAUCGCUCAAAAGAGCAUUAGUGUUGGUUCAGUAGUUUAUAGGUAGCUUAGGGAUGACAUCCCGAAUAGACGUAGUUAAACUGAUAUUAUUAAGAUUAAUUUACGAAAUGCGAAUAAAAUUAUGCCGCCAU